GUUUUCUUCGUUAUUGAUUCGACUGCCUGAAAGUGGAUGCAAGUUGUACAUGUAUGCAUAUGGGAAUUUUUAACAUGCAGGAAGAAAUAGAGAAAGCAAAAGCUUUUCUUUUGAAGACAAGUUCAGUGUCAAACAAAAAUCUGUAAGUUUCUGAGUGUUUGUUAUUUCAAUAGAGCUAAAAUGAGCCUUUUGCUGUUGAUUAUAAGUCGUGGUUGUAGCUGAUUGUUGUUUUCUUAUAACCAGAUAUGAUCAUUUAAGUGAGGUACUGAGCAAAAUUUUAGACGAAAGACCUAAUCAUUGUGUCGGUAAGUUGGUUUCACAAUCAAAGCAAGCAAAGAUAGAAUGCAUUUAAGUGCGUUAUUUCUAGCGAACAUGGCUGUAUUAAAUAUGAACAACAUUGAUAUGCUCAAUUAGCUCAUUUUAGCUUUUUGUGCAAUCCAUGUAAACCGUGGCCCUGAUAAUUUGUUCUGUUAAUAAUAUUACUACCCUAUUUGUUCCAAAAUAGAUGUAUUUGAAGACAUUAGCAAAAGUAUAAAACAAGAAAAGAAAGAAGAGUCAGAGGUAAUGUUUGUUAACCCAGGGUUAUAUUUUAAUUUAUUUCCCCCCCCCGGCCUGAGCCCAGGGCAUAAGCAUUUUUUUGGGGGCAGCCCGUGACGGCAACGCCCAAUCAGAAAAUGGAGGCUGCCUCAUCUGUGCAGCAAAAAGACAAAAUGGCUGGUGGAACGCCUAGAAAGCUUUGCAUGUCCCAUUCCGUGGGGAAUGGGACCAGGGGGGAGUUACUACCAUAUAUGGGCUAUAUAGGUAUGUACCACUGUGAAGAGUAUGGUUUUUAAGCAGUUUACUCUAGGAUAGGGUAUAUAAAUCAGAGCGUUUGGGUCUAGAAUAGGGUAUCAUUUUUCAGGACACUGAUCAGUUGGUUGAAGAUUUUAUCUAGACUAGGGAUUGUGGUAUAAGAUUUUGUUUUGGCUAGACUGUGCUAGAAACCUCAGUAGUUUCUGGAAAACAGCUACUCUAUAUUACAGUAACAAUUACUGUAAUAUAGAGGGUUAAUUUACAGUCUUACCUAGUUACAGUGAGGACAGGGGUAAGUGGCUCUUUGUAGGAACAGUAUUGCGAGCCCUAGGAUUUCACGGUAACAAUCGUCUCUGGUACCGUGUUGUUACAGUGGUCUUAUAAACAUUGAAAACAUUUAAGAGGUGGGUUCCCAUGUGUUUUCACCGAGCCAAAAAAUUGUUACGAAUGGUUUCCCUCAAUUAUCUCUGGGCACGGAAACAAAAAAUUGUUUUCUGUGGGAAUUGAAAUCCUAGGCCUUGCAUUGUAGAGAGGUGAAGCUAGGAUGGAAUGAGUCUGCUGGAAACCAUUGGCCAUUGCAGAGAAAUCAGGCCAUAAGUAGAGGGGGCUCAACUGUACUCAUAUCUGACUCUCUGUUUUAGAAGUAUCAUAAUUAUUUCCUUUCCAUUGAAAUGCUACUCCUUUCACCUGGGAGUUUCCUACUACCCCCUACUCCCGUAAACCCUAACUGAUCAUGCUUCUGCUUAAAAGCAACCUUACAUAAAGCAUUAGAAUGCUGACCUCUCAGAUGAGCAGCAACUAGAAGUUUUGAUUUAUUGUAUGUUUGCUUUCAAGUUACAGGAUUUCAGAGAAGACCCAGAAAGCAAAGCAGUUGCUGAAGUACAGCAGAAGUUAUUUGAGGUGAGGCAAUUCUUGGUCCACUGCAGCUUAUGGGUUAUUAUUUUACAUUCAAUUCACCAUCUUUUUACUGAUUGGCUGAAAGUGUACAGUGAAUUUUCAAAAUCAGCGCCUGGGACGUCAUCUAGCUGCAGAUUAUACAAUAAUCAUGUUGAAGACACUCACGGUCACGGGUAAUCAUGUCAUGUGUGACCACAGAGCAUGAUUUCUAAGGGUAAUCAUGUCAAGUUCGUGCGCUUUGUGUUGCUUGCCGUCAGUGAAGAAGCAAAAACAUGACUUCCAGGCUUGCUUCGUUGACCGAGCAAGACAUCGAAAAAGUAGUUGAAGACAAAGACUCACAAACACAAAAAGGUCGACAAAGGUGGCGAAGGAGCUGUUUGCUGAUUACAUGAAAGAGAGAAAACUGAGAGAACUUGAGGAAAAGAAAGAAUUGGCACAACCUUUGAAAAAAAUUUAUGUCGAAGCGAGAAAGAAAGGAUUCGUUCAAUGUAUAUAAAUAAAACAAUAUUGUUAGAUUUGGUUCUUGUGAAAUCCAAAAUAAUCAAGGUCUCGGUAAGGGUUAUCAGCCUCAGCCGAUAACCUCUACCUCAACCUUAAUUAUUCUGGAUAUCACAAAAACCUCAUCCAAUAGUUGUUUAUAAUAAGUUGAUCUUGAUUUGUAUGAAAGUGCCAUAAAAUAAAUUAAUCAUUUAUUAUUAAUUAAUAAUUAAUGAUUAAUUUAUUUAAUGGCACUUUCAUACAAAUCAAGAUUAACUUCAAAUUAAAUCAGGCCAUUUAUUUUGUAAAAUAUGUAUAAAUUGACUGAUGUUGUUACCAGUAAUCUGAUUGUAAUAUUACAAUAUUGCUGAAGAAGUUCACUUCAUUCUCAACAACACUGCUGAUCUUGCAACUAAGAUUAUGUAAUUAUGUAAAUCACAUAUUGUAACCUUGAGUGGUCUUGCUUGCAGGCUAAGGGAAAUGCUAGUGCAAUAUGUCCAUCUUUUUUUACCAUAAUAACCUUGAGUAUUUUAUGAAGUUUGAGCUGUAGUUAGAAUCAAAAUGGCUGCCAGUGGCUAGACUUUGAAACGUGUAAUAAUAUUAUUAUUAAUUUGUUUGAAAGUUUUGUAAAAAUUCUUUUUUAACAUGUAUAGAAAGAUGGAGAUGCAGAGGGAGGUGAACCAGAAGCUGAGGAAGAUGUUGAGACACCUCUUCCUGAUCUCAUGAAUUUAACGUUCUACUUUGAACAAGCUGGAAUUGGACUGAGCCGUGAAGAAAUGUUCAGAAUAUUCCUUGCCCUGAAGCAGCUUGUGGAUACUAAACCACUACAAAUGGUUCGCUUUUGGGGUAGGGAUACUUUCUUUUUAAUAGUACCAUAUAUGAUAUCUAUGCUGUCAACUCUGAAUUUAGCAUAUGCCAUUAUGAAAUACAACAUUCUCUAAAAUAGUGGGAGGAGUGGGGCAUGGUGUUAAAGGUAAAACAUUGAAGAGAAAAGUUUGAAGCUAAAAUGGGAUUAUCCCCAACCUACCAUCAACUCAAAAUAUCCUUAAAGAGAAGAUGUUUUUGGUCUUUUGCAGGCAAGGUUUUUGGAAUUGAGACCAACUAUUAUAUAGCAGAAGUAGAAUACCGUGAGGGUGAAGAGGAGGAAGAUGAAGAAGAUGAAGAGGUGAGUUGUGAGCUUCAAAAUGUAAGCUAUUAUAAAGUCACGUACCAUCAACAUCACCAUCAAGGUUCUCCAUUGACGCUUCUAAGAGGUCUGUUUUGUUGUGUGAUUAGCAGGCAGAUGGUGAAGGUGAUGAUCAGCCAAAGGAUGAAGACAAAGGUGAUGAAGGUUAGUUUGGAGUCAGUUAAUUUAAUUUACUAAGUUCAAAUCUACGUCAUACAUGUAUUGUUACCUGUGGUUUUUUUUUUCUUCUGCUUGUUGAAGUAUCUGUGUGACAGUUCAGUGAACAUGUUCAAAACGUCUCUCAGACAAUGAGGAUACAGUACUUUAAUGGAUUUGUUGAGAAAAAUGAAAUAAUUUUUUUUAAAAAGAUACCGGUAGUUACACCUGCCAUAGUUUGUUGCUCAUUAAAAUUUCUUUAUAUUCUAUAGAUGAAGAAGGUGGUGAGGAAGAUGACACUCCCAAGUCAGAAUGGAAACCUCCUCCAGUUAUUCCUAAAGAAGAGAACAGAACUGGCACCAACAAACGAACGUUCUUUGUCACCAAUGAACGUAAGUUCGACAUUUCGGACAUAUUCUUCAUUUUCCUUAGUGUUUCCUUAGUAUUUUUAUACAAUCUUUAAUCUAUGGAUGACAUUUUAGUGUUGUUAUUUUUAGUUGUCAGUUUGAUGUUAAAAUAGUUUAGAGUUCUGUUUGUGUUCAGCUAUUGUUUAUGUCUAUAUUUAUUGAAAUAAUUCAUAAAAGCGUAGUCAUCACUUGCAUAUAAGAAGCAAAAAUAUUAUAAACAAGAAAGUGUUAAAGAAAUUAAAAUAUAAUUAAAUUAAUAUAUCAAUUAAUAGUAAAAUUGUCCAGGCCAGGCCAGCCUUGAUGCCUUUGAGGUUUGGUUGAUUAAUCACUUCAAGAGGUAGACUUUUCCACAAUUAAGUUUACAAGUUAUGAUUCUUUUUCAAAGUCAGUUUUGUCGAGUGAAAUGUCCGCCAUUUUGUUUUCACAACCAAAACAACUCAACCUCGUCUCCAGGUCUUCUCAGUUAACAGUGCCUUUACCCGCAAGAAAGCAGCACUUUUGACGUCAUCGGUUCAUUACCGCAAAAUUCUUCCAAAUUUGGUAAUCAGUAGCUGGUUAUGGUGAAUUAUGUGUGUGCUUUUAGCCAAUCAGAAUCUGAGAAAUAUUUUUAAUUAAUAAUAAAAGUAUUUAAACUUUUGAUACUGUCUGCACUCAUUAAAAAAAUUAAUAUUCACGUGAGGCUGUUUUGGCCUUGAUAGUGGCGCAGAUUUAAGCCCCCACGCAGAUCUGCUGCUCCUAUUUUACCUAAAACAUACAGUUAAAUGACUGUGUCAUAGUUUCUUGGCUUCUUCCAUGGUGACAAAAAUUAAGUUUAAGAGGAGGAAAGCUUUAGUACACUGGUCCUUAAAUAUUCAAAACUGAUCAUGUUCUAUUUUGUUCAUAGCUGGUAAACCUUGGGUUAAGCUCCCUGCUGUCACUCCAGCACAAAUAGUAGCUGCAAGAUGUAUCAAGAAGUUUUUUACAGGACGACUGGAUGCACCAGUAAGAUAAAUAAGUAGUAUUACAUGUACAUGUGUAAGAGUUAGCAGUAAUCAGUAAGAUGCUACAAAGAUUAUAAAUAAAACCCAGACGAACAGUACUAUAUUUGAUAAAUCCCAUGAGAUAAACUCCAUGAAAGCGUGCAUUAUAUUAACUGCCAAAUUUGAAGCAAAAUCUGAUCUUCUAAGUUUAGUGGAGACACAUGACAUAAUAAAUAAGCAUUUUGUACAAUCACAUACAAAGAAAGCUGCCUGGUGGUAGAAGCAAACAUAAGCUUUUGAGCCAUUAUAUUUGAAUACUGUUUUGCUUUUUUUGUAAAAAAUUCUUCAAACGGCAGUUGCUAGAGAGUCAAGGAUUCACUGAACUAGAAAGCGGUGAAAAUGGUGUGACUUUAAUACGGAAUUCUUCCCGCUACACAGAUUGUUAGUUAUCCACCAUUUCCUGGCAAUGAAAUGAAUUAUUUGAGGGCGCAGAUUGCAAGGAUCUCUGCUGGUUCUCACAUCAGUCCUGCUGGGUACUUCAUGUUUGAAGAGGAAGAAGAGGAGGAGGAAGAGGGUGAAGGUAAAAUACAAACCAUCAUCUCAUCGUGGUAACUAAUGUUUUGUAUGGCAGAGUGAAAGUUAAACACGGAAAAGAACCUCUCCGGCGUCCUUGAUCUUGGGUGGGGGGGGGGGGGGGGGGGGAGGCCGCAAGGGAGGAACCCCCCCCCCCCCGCCGGGGCCUUUUCUGGGUUUCCCAAAAAAAAUAACCAAAAAAAAAAAAAAACAAGGGGUGCGCAACAAAACCCCGGGGGGGGAGGAACAAAGUUAGGGACAGGAAAAACACGGGCUCUCUUUCUGGUUGCUGCAGAAUUGGGUCGUGUGGGGUAAUGUGUUAGGAGGGGAAAAGAGGAGGAGGGAGAGGGGGAAAAAAAAAACAAACACACCCAUCGUGUUCUAUAAUUUAUUUUGUUGUAGUGGAGAAAAAAAAAAAACAAAAAAAAAAACCCGCCCCGGGGUGGUGGGGGGGGGGGGGGGGGGGGGGGGGGGGGUGGUAGACUGCAAGGAGAGAUCCCUCUCUCCUCCGCAGAGGCUCUUGCUGGGUAUCCCAACAAAAAUAGCCAUAAUAAAAAAAUAGCAAGUGGUGCGCACAGAGACCUCGGCGAGUGAGGAUCAAGUGUAUGCACAGGUAACCCAAGCGUCGGCACUAUUGCGCGGCCUUCCAAACAUAAGGAAGUACAAGGAAAAUAAAAAUAUAUUUUAUUUUAUUGUAGAGGCACAUAAUUUUGACGAGAUUUAGAUUUUAAAAAAAUGGCUCACCUUCUUUAGAAGUGUAUCCUCUUUCUCAACUGGUCUCAGAGGUCUCGGAAAGGAGUUUUAUGGGUUUUCUGGAAUCGGUGGUUAAAGUGGUUAAAUUGUCCGUUAAUUCAUACUUCGUAUUUUUAAACUGUGUUCUUUUUUGAGACCAUAUGCACUGUAUGAACAUAGUCUUUCCAAUGGAAUAUGGUAUGAACUACUAGCUAGACGGCGGGGCAAUUCCUUAGCUUAGCAAUAACAGUACAAAUGAGAACUUAUCAUAGAGAGAAGGAAAUGGAUACUUGUCGAAUGUAUGUAAGAUACAGGUACGCAGAUGUAAGUACCGUAACAUUUAAAACGCCAUUUCCAUUGUUCGUUUUUGCUUUUUUCUUCUUUACAGUGCGUGAUUCAUACAUGUUGAAUGUUGACUUUGAGGGAGUCAGUGUGAGAGAGCUAGCUGAUCCAUCCCUUCAUAACUGGGUUCAUCAUGUUCAAUAUGUACUGCCUCAGGUAGGAACUGCUGCGGACUGCAGUACAAACUACAGACAGUGGCAUUCACACAAAGAUGCUAUUUUAAACGCUUUCUAAAUUGGUUUCUGGUUUUGUAAUCAGUUAAUUGCGAUUUUAUAGUGAUCUAGACAGCCUACAUUGUCUUUUAGGGUCGCUGUGUUUGGCAUAACCCAGUAGAAAAACCAGAGGAUGAUUUUGAAGAAGAGGAGGAAGAAGAGGAAAAAGAAGAUGUGGAAGAACCAAAACCAGAAUCAGGGCCGCAGUUAUUAACAUCCAUCGCUGAAGACGAAGGUGAUUGUACAGCUCAUUCUCGUACUUGUUCGUAGCAUUUCCGGCAAAUGUUUUAUUCGGUUUCUUUUGCUGUUUUGUUGUUGUAGCUGUGAAUGGUAUGCCGGCUUGGACACCAGGUGUAUCAUCUGAAUUGUUACCUCAGUACGCCCUCGCUAUCAUGCGAUCCAACAGAUGGCCUGGUGCUGUAGCAUUCGCUAAGGACAGGUGAGUCGAGCUUACAGUGUGGUGCUGACGUUCAUGAAAAACAAAGUAAGACCUGGCAGCUAAUCAUGGGCAAAAACAAAUACGGUGACAAGUGACUACGCCUCAGGUUUUUCUUAACCUUGCCUGUUGUGCUCUAUUGUUCCUGUUGAAUCGUCUUUAUCCUAGCUAACAUUAACCGCAUAUUUUUACCAGAGAACAGUCAAUAAACAAAUCGAAAUACACCUUAAGAUCGUCUAGUAACAUGCCAUCAGUCAAUUCCAGCUGCGCCCGCCCCCCGGGCUACUGCGGGGCAUUUGCCCGCCUUGUCAGUCCCGGGGGUGGAGCGUUUGCAAAUUUUGCACUGCCCGGGGGCCGGGCAUUGCCAACCCCGGGGCGAUUAGCGAGCUUUUGACACGCACGCAGUUUCCUAUCAGAAUAUAACUACACAGAAGGUUUUACUGGAAAAAAAGCAGAUUGGCUCACCUGUCAAGGACAGGAAUAAAUUGAAGAGGGUUGUAAAGGCAUGCUUAUCAAGCUAGAAUUACAUAGCGAAAACGAUGUGAAUCAAGGUGUUUUGGUUAUUGAAUCAAAUUUCUGUUGAUAUUAUUUGAAGAACGUCCUUUCAUAUUUAUAUAACUAUUCAUAACGUAUCACGUUACAGCGCUCUAUUAAUUUUAAUGUCAAUAAUUUUACAUCAAUACUAAAUCCCUAAACUGGUGCAUGUCGUCGCGGCGUGAAGUCUUCAUUAGAGUCCUAGCGCUAUUACAAAGGACGACGUUAAUUGAAACGAAAAAUCGCACAUUAAAAUGCUUAAAACGGCAUUGUUCGACGGUGCGAUCAAUGAAAAAUGUAGCAGUGUUGCAAAUCCACCCCGGGGCAUUUGACAGCUCAGGAGUCCCCAUCCCGGGGAAUUUGCCAUCCAAGGCAAAAAAAAUGCUAAUGCCCGAGGGGGACUGGGCUCAGCUGGAAUUGACUGAUGCAAAGGUACUUUGUCUCGAUCUCCUGCUUAUGUUUGCAUUGUGUAAAGGGGCAUCAUAAAUAGGUAGGAAACAUUUGCAAAUACCGUAUACAUUCGGGACUCAAGAUAUCAGAACCCUUUAGUCUCUUGAUCUACAGGUGUUAAUAAUUGCAGAUGAACAAUACACAGAAAAUACGCUGAGGUGGUGUUUGUUUCUUUGCUAGAAAAUACGAAAACAUUUAUGUUGGCUGGGGACACAAAUUUGAUGCGGAAAACUACACCCCACCACCACCCCCUGCAGCAAUGGAUGAAUACCCUGUUGUGCCAGAAGUAACGGAAGUAGAUGAUCCUACAGUUGAGGAGGAACGGGCAUUAAAGAAAGCUCAGGAGGAAGCAAUGGAAGCAGCUGAAGAUAUGGAUGAUGUCGAUGAUGAUGAGGAUGAUGAUGACUGAAAUGAUUUUAAAAAGAGUUAAUUUAAAGUUAUAAAGCGUUGCUUCUACUCGAAGCUGUUGUAAAAUCCGAACAAGUACACGUAAAUGUGACACUCCUUUCUAGACAGAUAGCCAGCAUUAACGACACUUGUAUAUAAAAAAUUAAUUUAACGUGUACAUAAUUCAUUUUUCGCACGCUUGCCUGUAGAGUAAAGCUCUAGUUUUCCAAGUCUUUGAUAGCAUUUUUGUUUUUUUUUCUUUCAUGUUACCUAAAUUGUACACAUGGACGAUGCCAAUUAUAUGCGCUGUUGAUUAUUUUGAGGAACGAGAAAUAAUCGUCCAUAGUUACAGACCCAAGUGUUUUGUAUUCAUUUGUGUCAGAUCUUAAAGCCCGGAAGAAACACCAACUACCUGAA